AAUAGAGAGUUGGGUCUUUCUAAGGAAAUUCGUGAAGGAGGAAUGUUUCAAAGUUGGGAAGAAGCACUCGAUAAAAUAACAAUGUAUGCGCAACAAGAAGGGUUCGGACUAAGAAAAGGCCGCAGUGAAAAAACCUCUGAUGGGGUUAUACGCAAACGAACAAUGCUUUGUGAGCAUAGUGGCGAGUAUAAGCCAAAAAACAAAGAAUUGGUUAAGGAAACAAAUACAAAAUACAUUAAGUGCCCGUGGCAUAUAAAUUUGUCACAGCCAACGAAGGACAAUCCACAUGGUAUCGUCUAUAUUACAACUCUAAGUAAUGCACAUAAUCAUAAUCUGUCCCCUUAUAGAGAGAAAUUCUUUAAUGAUAUUGAAUUUACACAAGAAAUGUGUGAACGUGUAGAAUUCUAUGUCAAUGUGGUUAAACUAAAACCAUUACAGAUUCAAAAAACGUUACAGAAAGAAUUUCCCGAUCAUGAAAUUUAUCUUUCUGAAAUUUACAAAGUAACUAAGAAAUUUUACUGUGAAAAGCGGAGGGACGUUUCGAACGAUGCUGCAUCCUU